GGUGUCAGAUAAAAACAAGCCCAGUAUGAGUUCUUCCUUUAAAAACAAGUGGACACAAAGUUCUCAUCUCACUGUACCACAUCAAGAAGUCGGGAGAGAAGUAUAUCUAAGUUUAAUGCAACGUGGAGAUCAAAAUCGACACAUAAAAGAUGCAACGAUUGAAAUCGUCAGUGGGUUUGGUUCUGCUCUGUGUUAUGCACAUGUGGACCGGAUCAACGAAUGGGUGCUUCUUUAAAGAUGCUGAAUUACAACUGUAUCUGGACCAGAAGCUUAUAACUGCUGAAGCAGGAUGUGCACGGAUCCCAUGUUCAUUUCUUGAUGUACCAAAAGCAAUCAAUGCCAAACAGAUCUGGUUUAAAGGCAGCCCAGAGUUCCCCCUCGCCCCGCCAGAGAUAGAAAGAACGAAUGGACUGAAAAAAACAUAUUCUACACAAGAAGAAUGCAGUGUUAUUCUGUGGGACCUCAUUGGACAGGACAGAACUGAAGAAUAUGGGUUCAUGUUAGAAUUGAGAACACAUGAAAAACACAUCUUUCCUGAGAGAGUCAAUGUGUUUUACUCUGCUGCAAAAGUGAACAUCACUCUAAGCACUGAGGUCCUUGUAGCUACAAAGAUGGCAAUUCUCACUUGCAGUAUUUCAGACCUCUGUCCUGGUAGUGAUACAAAAGUAACCUGGAAGGGGCUUGGCACAAAACAACUUUUACCCCUCAGAUGGAAAAAUAAGGAGCUUCAUUUCAUACCUGUCCCUGAAGAUCACCAAGCAGAGAUCACAUGUGAGGUUACGUUUGGAAAAAAUCUGACCGCCAGUGCUACGGUUACUUUAACAGUUCACUCUCAGCCUCAGAUACUGAACAGUUCUGCAUGCACACUAAAGCAAGAUCUUCUCACCUGUGUGUGCGUGAGUCAGGGUGUACCUUUGCCUGAUAUUCACUGGGACCUACUGCAGGACAAUGAAAGUUUUAAUCCAUUCAAGGCAUCGGACCAUCAUGUGACCGUAAACAGCACCUUCACAAUGACUGCUGAAGAUUUUGGCAGAAUAGGUGAUGUGAUUUGUGUCAGCAGAAAUGACCUUGGUCAGGCACAUAUGACACUUCCAGUGAUUACUGAAGGUAAUCCAGAUCAUGUAAAUGAACUUCCUGUGAGUUUUGAAGAUAAUCCAAACACUGAAUAAAAAUAAGUGUAGUAGCUAUUUUGAUAGUAGUUAUAUUAUGAUAUGUAUAAGGCAGGCUUGUGCACACUUCAGAAUUGGCCUCCAUUCAAUUCAUGAAUUGGAAUUUGAAUUGCAUUGACUCCGCCAUACAGGAAUUUGAAUUUGAAUUGGAAUGACAGGAAGUGGAAUUAAAUUCAUGGCAAUUCAAAGAAACAUAAAGAAUCACACAACAUAAAGAAUCUCACAUACAUUCAGUGUUAGGAAAGUUACUUUGGAAAAUUGUUUGGCAACCAUUUUAAAUACUUGGUUAAAGUAAAGCAUUCUGUGAAAUGAAGUCAUGUUCCAUCAUGUUCCACAAAAUUAAAAAAAACUUUAUUUGUUAUGUGACUAGAGUUUUUAACAUAUAACUGUUAAUGUAAUCUGUACAAGUAAUUCAAACUAAUAUAGUUUUUAGAAUAUGUAAUGCAAUCAUAUCUGAGUCGCUUCAUUUUUAACACUUUACUUAC